UGUGUGUGUGUGUGUGUGUGUGUGUGUUUUCCUCCUGAAGCUCUGCAGUCUGGAGAGUUUUAGUCUGGUCGAACACAGUGAUCGGCACAGCCUCGGUCUGGAGGCCUUUGAAGUCUUAUAACCUACUGUUACACACGUUGUGUUGCUUUUCCCUUAUGAUACACUGUUGUUGUAAUGGAUCGUGUCUGCUGCUGCCCAACAUCACUACCUGCAGAGAGAAAGAGAGACUUUUAAUGCAUGCCAUUUGGGUUGUUAGAUACAUUUGGUUUAAAACAAGAGUUGAAAACCACAGUCCAUUGUUUUGCCCUGCAGUGUGUUUUUAAAAAAACCCAGAGAUGGGUUUCACUUAAAACUCCAUGAAGUCAUGAAUCUGUCCGCAUCACCACAUUUAGAACCUCACUUACAAAUCCCGACAGGACAGAAAGUUUGCCUACUAAUGGUCAUAAUUUAUGAUGUGUGGAUCAACAUGCGCUCAUUGGGCAACAGCUUCCUGAGUGCUUAACGAGCAUAAAGUCGAACACUUCCGGACAUUAAUUGGGCCGGCCAGCGAUGGUAAAGUGCUUAUAGAGGGGGCUUUACAUUGUUAGUAUGUGAAUUACUCCUUAUUAGUAAGGUUAGAGGCGGGGGAGAGGGAAGAAAGGCAUCAGGGGCCGGCCAGACUUUGGCUUCCUCGUUGUGUUUUUAAUCAUGGCCGAUAAUGUCGAGAUUUUACACGUCCCAUAUAACUAAUCCUGAGUGAUGUUGUGAUGCUGGAUAUUGAGGCACAUCUACAGCCUCUGCAUGCGAAAGAGAGAGAGAGGGGGGAGAUAAUACAGGACAUGGGCCCCGUUGUGCUGCAGGGGAACAGGCAGUCAGACUCAGGCCUUCAGCGGGGAAACUAUAAUGUAAAUGUGACCUCUAUCAGUAUCAAUAAGUAACAGGAUAACACCAACAAAUACAAUAACAAUAAUAAUAAUAAUGAUAAUAAUAAUAAAGAAAUUACGCAAUGUCUCUACAGCCUCCAUUGAGAAUUCACAAAUUAAGAGCGUACUAUUCAUUAUUAAAUUCUCGAUGCCGUUUAUUAAUUUCACUGGUUAGUGCUUGGUACUAUACUUUUUUUUUCUCGUCUCAGGCGUCCAGGUUCUUUUUUAUUUUUCUGUUGGUUUUUUCCACACAUCGCUGGUCUCACAUUGUCUUCGGAGGAUCUUGGAAACCAAACGGCUUCGUUCCGUCCUGCGUCAAAAAGCCGCGCAUGUGAUUUGCCUCUCGGGCUGCAAUAAAGCACUAAAACACGAGGGGAAAGAAUGACCUUUCUAAUUCUGCGCACUGGCACAACCUCUGCUGCAUUCCAACCUCCCCAGUCCACACAUUGGCUUUACUGUUCAGCCUUUAUUUACAACCUGGACUGUUAUGGAGCGGCGGCGUGUUUUUUUUGUGGGGUGGUGAGAGGGGGCUGAGACUGACAAUCAGCCUGAGGAGAAUCUGCGUUUGGAAUCCCAAAUUAUUAUUAUUUUUACAAUACAAUUUGAGUACAAAUCAAGCAUUGCAAUAGAUCUAUUAAUUAAAAAAAAAAAACUGAGGUUGGCCUGGUGUUGACAAUAGAAAUUAUACGAAUGACACAAAGACUUUUACAAAUCUUGUCCACACGUUGUAUCUGACAUGUGAGCAUGACAGAUUCAUAAAGUAACAUUGACCACCAGACACCAUAUUUAUCACACGUCGUGGUUUGUUUAUAUUCUUAGAUUUUCAAAUUCAAAGGUCCACGUUACGGCCAACCCACUUUUUAACGUUUUUACGCAUUUUGGUCCUGAGCCUGUCUCGUCUGGGGGGUGACAAUGAGUUGAUUAUAAUUCAGGGUCUUCUGUCUUUGAUUUACUCCGCCAUCAAGUUGUUUUUUUUUAUUAAUAUCAGAAUGAAGAGAAGAAAAAAAACAAAUCUUAAGACAGCAUCAGAGCAGAGGGACGUUAAAUCCUUCAACUUUUGAGCUACAUUUGCCCCAAAUUUUGGCCACGCGGAUGUCACAUAUGGUCACGAAUACGCUGAAGGGGAAACUUUUAUUGCACCAGCGACUUCCUCCUCUUUGUUCUUGUCUCUUUUUAUGGGCUAUUCAGGAUCCGAACAGCAGAGCAAACUGUGCUGCACGUCUAAAGGCUGCGAGUAUUCACCCUGUAUCGAAGAAAUCAAUGAGGUGGACCAAUAGGUUGCUGUGGCCACGACGACUGCGUUCGAACAGACAUUUUCAAUAACUGCAUCGAUUAUUCCAUCGCUAUCCAUUAUGGUCACUCGCGAAAAGACAAGACAACGUGAACGUUAUUGUUACAAAUUAAAACCGUGGCGUUUAUUUUUCAUUUAGUUUAAACGCGCAUCUGAAAACAAAUUAACAUCGGCUUAAAAAAUGCGUAAUGUGCAAAUAAAUAUAUAUUUAUUCAAUUAUGUUGAUUAGAGGGAACCGAGAGUGAGAGGCGCUGUCUUGUAUAAUAUCAUUAAUGUGGAUUUUUGGGGUUUUACGCAUUUAGAGGAAGCAGUCAUGCUCCCCCACAUUUGCUAGAUUUUUUUUUCCUAAAACACCUCUUAAGUAAUUUCCAAACCCAUAAUUUGCUGCUAAGAUAAUUGUCGGUUGCUCUUUCCUCUGUGUGUGUCACAGGAAUGUCGAAGCAUGAUCAGAGCAGGGGGGAGGACGACUGGAACAUUUGCAUAAGCAUUUCAAGACGUCGAUUUGAGAAAAAAAAAUGUAAAUCAACUGUUAACUUCUGUGCGUAAAACUAAAGUAAAAGUCUAUGUCAUGAGUGGAAGAGACUGUACCUGAGCUCAUAGUGAACACCGGCCACAGUUGACUGGACCUGUGGAGGAUUGUGUCUGAUGUAUGCUGCAUGGACAGUCGCAUAACUCACAACAUUAUUUUUUUUUAAAAAGAGUGGUAGAAAUGAUCUUCUCGGGCGUUUACUUCUCGACAGGACCUAUACACGCUUGUCCACAUGCUGCGCGUUGCUUUCAUUUCUGAGCUCGGGAGAUUGCUGCUGCUGUUGCUGUUGCAGGGCUUUGCUGCAGAGAUAGUUGUUGGUGAGCUGUGGAACGUCACUUGUUUUAUUGCCCUCACAGAAGAGAGACCAUAAACGCAUUCUUACCACCUACACCCUCCACAGACAACCUCCCCCUCUUUUUGCUUCCCUGCAAAAGCAUGGAAAUUGCUUCACAUGCCAGAUAAUUCAUACACAAUGGAAACAUUAACAGUAUGUUGGAAACUCGUCGAUGUGGCUGAGAUAAACAACGAAAUGCCAAUAUUCAUUAUAGUCCCCGUAGACAAAUGUAUUUAGAUAGGGGAUCACUGCAGUGGUGUUGUAAAAUUAAAAGUGUUUCUGCGCACACACACACACACACACACACACGCACGCACACACACACACACACACACACACACACACACACACAUACACACACACACACACACACACACACACACAUACACACACACACACACACACACACACACACGAUAAAACAGUAUCGGUAUCACAGAUGAGGGUUUGGUAUCGUAUCUCGAGCAAAACUGAUUUAAUACCCAUUCAACUCUUUAAGACUCCUUUCAACGUGAGCUCGUGUGUGUUUAUCCGCCUCCAUGUGAAUGUGUUCACUGCAACUGAACGACACUGGCCACAGUCCGCGUCCCACUUCCUGCUUUUAACACCACAUCGCUCAAACUUCGCGUCCAAAACGUCUCGAAUGGCCAGGCUGCGCGGAGUGCCACUCCAAAUCUGCGCCGUGUUUAUCGGCAUUUAGCAGUAAUGUUCAAGCGCUGAGCUAAAAGCUACAGUUUCCCCUCAACUCCUGCCUCUCAAUUGGCGGAGAACGGUCAGCUGACGUUGUCAUAUUGUCUCUCACCGAGCCAAGCCUCGGCUAUAACACUCGGGUUUGUGCGUCUUAACCGGAGAUUGGAAAUUAAUAAUAUUGAAUCCUCAAAGUAGCCCACGUCGGAGCAGAGAGACGGAAAGUCGCGGAAAAAAGAGAGGAGACCUUGGAGAAAAGGUGUGGUUGGUUGACAAGAGACGGGAAGGAGAUUUACAGAGGAGGAGAUUGAAGAGAGACCGAUCAAGAAGUGGGGAGAGUUGGAGAGAGGGUUACACGCAAGGUAUGAAUUCGUAUUUCGCAAACCCGUCGCUCUCCUGCCAUUUAUCCGGUGGUCAAGAUGUUUUGCCCAACGUCCCCCUGAACUCCACCACCUAUGACACAGUCAGACAUUUUUCGUCGUACGGCGCCGCGGUGACCCAGAAUCGGAUAUAUACACCUUUCUACUCCCCUCAAGACAAUGUGGUCUUUGGGUCUGGCAGGGCACAGUACGAAUAUGGAUCGAACGUGUUUCUUCAAGACAAGGACGUGCUGCCCAGCUGCAGACAAACAAACAUGGGACUCAGUGCACAGAGCCACAUUGCUCAAGAGUACAGUUUGGAUCAAGGGAGAGCAGGAGCGCAGGAGCAGAAGAGCAACAUCCCGAUCUACCCGUGGAUGCAGCGAAUGAACUCACACAGCGCAGGAGUGGGCUACGGGACAGACCGACGCAGAGGACGUCAGAUAUACUCUCGUUACCAAACACUGGAGCUGGAGAAGGAGUUUCAUUUCAACCGCUACCUGACCAGGCGCAGACGCAUCGAAAUCGCCAAUGCGCUUUGUUUGACGGAGCGGCAGAUCAAAAUCUGGUUUCAGAACCGACGCAUGAAAUGGAAGAAGGAGAGCAACCUGACCUCCACGGUGACUGGGAGUGAACAGACAGGAGCCUCCCCGGAGGAGGAAGGCAGUGGCGCAGUGGAAGAAGGGAAGGAUGAGGACAAGAAGAAAGAAUAAUUUAAAA